UGUCACAGCCGGUGAUCGUCGAGCAAGUGCGGCCGGGCCUUUACUGUUGCCGAUGGCGGAUGGCCGAUAGUGUUCGUGAUUUCCAUUGUUACGCGAACGCGUUCAAGUUACGCGGCCGUCGGCCGAGCUCGUACAGCAUCACGGCCACCUGGAUCGAGAAAAAGUACAACGUUAUUGUGGAAGCGUCACGCGAAUCUGUUCAGAAAUCGAGUCACGAAAAGGCUAGAUUAUUCAGCAUCGGAGAAGAUGAACUGGACAAUGAUGCCACAGUUACCCCACCAGAAGAGAAAAGAAGAGAUUUGCCGCAAUCCGUAUGGAUUAGUUACGGAGGCGGGCAGAAUCAAAUUUUAUCUGAAUUGGCACCUGGUGUUUGGAGAACGAACGAUUUCCAGUUCAACACUUCACUGGGCCAACGUUCGUUACCUUAUCGUGUUAUGACCGGUAGGCCAUGGGCGGGAUGCGGAUUGACAUUCCGUUUGUGGAUGGACUUCCAGACGACCAGCCGAGGCGAAAGAACAGCAUUGAGGCAUUUCAGCGAUGCAUUCACCAAUCAGACCUACUGCGAUGUCCAGUUCGAGCUCGGAUCAGAGACGAUAGGAGCCCACGUCGCUGUCCUAUCAGCUCGAAGUUCCGUCUUCUCCGCCAUGUUCCAGCAAGACAUGCAAGAGUCUAAUACGCGACGCGUAGUCAUUUCGGAUAUUGAACCGGCCGUUUUCAAACAAUUGUUGCAUUACAUGUACGCAGGUAAAGCACCUGAUCUGCAAAUGUUGGCCGAUGAAAUGGCCCAGCUGCUGCUGUUGGCCGCUGACAAAUACGACGUCCAGGAUCUGAAAGAUGAAUGCCAAUCGUUGAUGCGAUCGCGACUGACUGUUGAAAACGCAUUCGAUAUUCUCUUGUGGGCUCAUUAUCAUUCUGUAACUCGAUUAGCCGAAGCUGCGUUGACAUUCGUGGCCGAAUGUGACGAAGAAACGUGUGCCGCUCAAUCCGAUCUGGAGGAAAUGAACAAAGUGUGUCCAGAACUCUGUAAUCUCAUCGCCAAUAAACGAACGUUGAUUAACAACCCGUCCUUGUGCCUCUGUUAAUAUGUACAUAGAUUUAUUGGAAACAUUGUUGUGUCGUUUUUGUAUUUUGGCCGUUGAAUAGGUUGUUUUGGAUUG